UGUGUGUGUGUGUGUGUCCAUUUGUGGGGUCUUCAGGUCAGUCGGCGUGUCUUCUUGAGGUUUCAAGAGAAAAGUGGACUCCAGUGUUCUGUACUCAGAAACAUGAGCGUCCUGCUCGGAGUGACCCCGCGCUCUAAUCAGUCCGCCCCCGACAACUCCACAACUUCGCCAAGCGGCCCCACCGCCCUGCACGGCCUCCCCUUCAUGGUGGUCUACAGUCUGGUCUUCCUGGUGGGCUUGCUGCUCAACGGCGUGACGCUGAGGGUCUACCUGUGUGGCGCCGGCGCGUCCAGCGCCGUCGCCGUCUACCUGAGGAACCUGGCGGCCGCAGACUUCAUGCUCAGCCUGUUUCUUCCCUUGCGCGUCGCCAACUACGCCACGUGUUCCGCUGCAGUCCGCAAGGCGUACUGCAACUUCGGCGUGACGGCGAUCUACCUCAACAUGUACGCCAGCAUCCUCUUCAUGGGCUACAUCGCUGCCAACAGGUACUUUAAGAUCGUCCAGCCUUCAGGAAGUCACCUGCUGCAGUCGGUGUGCGCGGCUCGCGUCACUUCCACGGCGACUUGGCUGGUCCUCCUCGCCUUUGCAGGCACUUACAUCAUCCUGUCGCUAACCACUCAGCAGGCUCCGCCUCCUUGCGGCGGCAUGACGUGCUGCGACGAACUUCACAGUGAGCCGCUCAGGCUUCUCUACAAGGGCGUCCACGCCUUCUCCGCCGCCAUUUUCCUGCUGGUCCUCCUCGCCCUGCUCUUCUUCUACUACAGCACCACCCGCAGGCUGGCAGCGGCACAGCAGCGGCGAGCAUCGUCCUGCGGCCACAAGAAGCUCGCCAAGUCCCGCAGGAACAUUGUGGUGCUGGUCGUCAUCUUCUGCGUCUGCUUCCUUCCGUACCACCUGGUCCGCCUCCCCUACGCAUUCAUUCCUCGAUCCUGCUCCAAUGUCGCCAUCUUGUACUUGAAGGAAGUUACCGUUGCCGUGUCCGCCCUCAACGUCUGCCUGGACCCGCUCAUCUACUUUCUGCUCUGCAAGGCCUUCCGCGACCAGCUGAGACAAAGACAGAACCACAGCGAAGCAGACACUUUUAGGAAGGCAAACACCGUCAGGCCCGUGAGCAGGUUAAACCUCAUCCGUGACCCGAGUUUGCAAAGUUAAAAAAUCCAUCCAUCCAUCCAUCUUCUUCCGCUUAUCCGAGGUCGGGUCGCGGGGGCAGCAGUCUAAGCAGGGAAGCCCAGACUUCCCUCUCCCCAGCCACUUCGUCCAGCUCCUCCCAGGGUAUCCCGAGGCAUAGGCGUUCCCAACAUAGUCUUCCCAACGUGUCCUGGGUCUUCCCCGUGGCCUCCUACCGGUCGGACGUGCCCGAAACACCUCCCAAGGGAGGCGUUCGGGUGGCAUCCUGACCAGAUGCCCGAACCACCUCAUCUGGCUCCUCUCAAUGUGGAGGAGCAGCGGCUUUACUUUGAGCUCCCCCCGGAUGACAGAGCUUCUCACCCUAUCUCUAAGGGAGAGCCCCGCCACCCGGCGGAGGAAACUCAUUUCGGCCGCUUGUACCCGUGAUCUUGUCCUUUCGGUCAUGACCCAAAGCUCAUGACCAUAGGUGAGGAUGGUGUUGCGUUUGAUGACCAGUUGUUCCUCCCAGGGAAUUCAAGUCACAAGUCGCUCCCCAAGCUCUUUACGACACUUAAAGCUGAGUUGAAAAACCACCAGAGACAGAAUAGGUAUUUUGUAAUAUAUUUGCAAAGCUUUGCAUAUAUACAUUGACAGAGACAGCAUAGAACAAUCGGAUCGCCCCGCUAAGAUGGUCUGUCCUCCCGACCAAAACCCUCUCCCCUCUUAAAUCUCUCUAGUCAAAACACAUGCACAUUAUCUCUCUAGUCAAAACACAUUCCAAAGCUUCAAGGUUAACACACACAGUUUACUUGCAGACAAACAGAAAGAGAACAAAUGGAAAAAACACGAGCUGUUUUCAAAUAUGACUAUGAAAUAAAAGAAGUAACACUUAAAUUCGGAUAUAUGUAAAUAUCUGCCUCCGACAAUUCCCCCUUCAGAUCUUCUAAAAAGAUCUUUAUCACUAGUACAACACUUCUAAAAUACGCCCCUCUUUGAGCAAGGUAGUAAAAAAUUAAAAGCAUAGUUACAUGGGAGAUAAACGGAUGGAAUCUAUGUCAAUGUCGUCACUGUCAGGGAAGGAAACUAGCGUUUCUCGAAAGUCACCACUUUGCUUGACCCCCUUCAGUGACAUAGCAAACCCAGAAAUAGGGUGGGGUUGUCCUUCUACAGCUCUAACAAUGAUGCGGGUGCAUAAAGACCUAGCACAAGGGGCGAUAAAGCAACCGCAUGAGGCUAUGAUGGCCAGGAAAACUCCAACGGAGAUCAGGGCA